CUACAUGAGCGUGCUUUUUAGAAGUAGUGGUGCGGUACUUGGCGCAGUACUAGAAUCAAGCCAGGACUCUUCUAUUCUUGACUCGCCAGCGGAGCGGUCAUUCGGUUACAGGCCUCUGCCAGUUGUAGACGUGUACUCAUUUUCCGGUGUUGGUGUUGUACUGUUCUUAUUUUCCGAGCUCGUUCGUUCCUGCUGAUCGUUAGCUGGCGUGUGGCGCGGGGUGAUCUUUGGCACCGUUGUCGUUUCGGGUUCGUGUUUAACAGGGGAAUUAUUUUCCUGGAAGGCGGACGGCGUGCGUACGACGCAUCAGUCUCUCGCGGGAAUUAGCCCUGAUCUUGACCCAUCCGGGGGCAUUGUUUAAUGUUACUGCAACGGGGCUGGACGUGCUGGUUGUGUUAGUGGGGAUAUAAAGCAACCGUUCCCGACCGUGAUUCCGGUCAAUUGCAACCUGACAGUGAAAGGAUACGUACGGAGAAAGCUUCCCGGAUUAAGAGGAAAAUUUCCUCGAUUUUAUUCAUUGUUUGCGAAGUGUCUUUUGCGUGAUUUUCGAGUUGUGCUCCUGAUGUUUUGCUCAAAUACGUGUAAUAAUCCAAAAUUGUGAUCAUAAAACCAUAUCUUGGGAAAGAAGUUUGUGGUUUCUAAUAGUGAUGCAAAUUCGGUACAGCGCUGUUGCACACCGAUGAUGUCAGUGAAAGUGAAUUCAAUCAAUAAUUUUACUCAACAAAUAAAAGUGAAGCAACAGAGCAAUAGUGAUUUGUUGUUACAACAGUGGACGGAAGAACGAAAAAUUCAACAAUCUCACGGGAUUAUCUGCUGAUUGGUAAAUCGUUUUAGUGUCUUUUCCAAACUAUUGUGUUCUGAAGAUAUCCUCGUAUCGAACGGAUAGUUCCUGCUGCCGAUCAGGUCACCUGCUACCAUAGUCAACUUGUAAAGGCACCACUCCAAGGUCAUUGCGGUCAACUGCUGUUUACCCAAAUAAAUCGAGGCAGAAUAUAAUAUCGGGAGAACAAAACACACCAACCAAUAGAGUUCGCCAAUAAAUACGUUUCGGCUUUCAAAGCCGACACGACGGCGGCGACGCCGACUACCUUCCGCCAACGACAUCGGCGCGCCAGACUCGGACCCACUAGGACAAUCGACGGCAUUCCUCCGGGACAGCACACCACGGGAUGGGAUUGCACAAAAACUAUUUCAAAGUAGGACAAAAUGCCAGUAAUCAGCUGUUCGGCCUGCCACCUCGUGGCCCAAGUGGCGCUACGCCGCUAUCGAUGCUUAUAUCGCAGGGAGCGAAAUUCAACAACAAUCGCAUAGCAGUAAUUAUUUUCGGGAUAGCAACCCUCAUAGCUGGUGUGAUAUUAUCUUCGGUUCCUUGGUUAAAUAUUUUUAUUAUGAAGAAUUUAAGACUAUGGAACGGCACGAUAAGCUUCCAAUACUGGCAACGGCCAGGCGUCACUAGGUUAACUAAGGUGUAUAUAUUUAACGUAACCAAUCCGGAGGGGUUUCUCGCCGGUGAAAAGCCAAAACUAGUUGAAGUAGGACCAUUUGUUUAUAGAGAAGAUAUGGAAAAGGUGAAUAUCAAGUUCCAUGACAACUACACUGUGACAUAUCAGCACAAGAAAAUCUUACAAUUUGUUCCUGAGCUUAGCGUAGAUAAGAACCAACGAAUAACGACACCAAAUAUUCCACUGCUGACCAUUUCCACCCAGAGCAAGCAUUUGGGGUACUUCCUGGCGAAGACCAUCUCGCUAGUCCUGACGGCCACCAAGUACAAGCCGUUCAUCUCUCUGACUGCCGACGAGCUGGUGUUUGGAUACGACGACACGCUCGUGAGCCUCGCGCAUCGAUUUUACCCCCGAAAUCGCCGCCCAAUGUCCAAGAUGGGUCUGCUGAACGGGCGGAACGGCACGCUCGCGGAGUAUGCCACCAUGUACACCGGCCACUCGGGGAUGGAGAAGUUUGGCUACUUUGACAAACUGAACGGCCUGAACCACUUGCCGCACUGGGAGAAGGAACCGUGCUCCAGUAUCGAAGCAUCGGAGGGUUCGUUCUUUCCGCCCCGCGAUGUCACCAAUGCGGACGUGGUCUACAUCUACGAUAAGGAUCUCUGUCGACCGCUGCCACUUGUCUAUCGGCAUCCUGUUGAGAAGGAUGGAAUUCCUGCUGAUCUCUAUACAUUAGCGGAGGAUUCAUAUGGGCCACCCAAUGGAAACAAUAGUUGCUAUGAUCAUCCGGACUAUAAACGUUACAAAGGUCUUCAAAAUAUAAGCCCGUGUCAAUAUGGGGCUCCUGUUUAUAUUUCGAAUCCACAUUUCUACCAAUCGGACCCACAACUGCUUGACGCGGUGGAAGGACUGAAUCCAAAGCAAAGUGCACACGAAACUUUUUUCAAAAUUCAACCGAAACUUGGAGUUCCGCUGGAGGGACAGGUAAGAGUCCAGCUCAAUCUUCUAGUCGAAGAAGCCCCUAAUGUUAUGGCGACCAAAAACUUCAGAGACUUCGUAUUCCCUAUAAUGUGGUUGGAAGAGGGUGUCAGUGAGCUAACCCCUCCCAUUCGACGAUGGAUUUAUCUGGCUACAGUAUUCGCACCGAUGGCAUUACCGAUCGUCUCCUAUGGGAUGAUCCUCACCGGAACUUUUGCAUUGAUCUACGUGUUUGUCAGAGCGUACAAGAACUUCGUGUUCACAUCUGAUUCAACGACAGAGUUCUUGGAAAUGGGACGACGGUCGUUACGACGAGGCAGCAGCAUGAUCAUCAAUGGCCAACACAGGAUACUGAUGCAACGGGAUAGCUACAUUUUGCUGAAAGCCAGCGAGGAUGCAAAUCUUUAUCAUCAUACGACCAACAAUAACACAAUCAGCACCAACAACAACAUCAGCAGUCACCAUAAUCACAAUCUAUUCCACUUGCCCCAUUUGCCACACAUUCCCCAUCAUCAACCCAAGGACCAAAGCUUGCUUAGCGACGAGGAUUCUCCGGCCUAGACCCCGGACCUGUCUGUGUCGUACACCGCUGGGACUCAUGUACCUUAUAAUUGUCAUCACUUAGGGUUUCUCAAACUAGCCGAUAGACAAAAUCAAACUAAUCAAGAUACGGGCGAAUUUUUCUCCGCCCACCUUAACGCUAAACGACAACCGGUGAUAGAGACUGUGUUUUUUAUUACUCUACUAGGCUAACUGCUUCUUAUGAGCUACUAGUAUUCAAGCCCUGACAGAUCGAUAUGUUACUCGAUCGGACCCCAGUCAUGCUCAGUCGCCCGUUAGUUGCUCAAUCCAAAUGAUCCGAUUGCUCAAAUUACGAAUAGCAAAUGAUUUUCGAAAAAAAUAUAUAAACUAUGCAGUUAAGCCAAUGUGAUGAAGACAUUUUAUUUCUAGAUUUUAAGCAAGACUCAUCCACAAAGACAAUCAUUCUCCCCGUCAUUGUACAUAAAUCAGAACGAGGUCGAUGUCAUUUUUAAAAACAAAAUGACAGUGUGUAGUAAGUUAAAGUAGAAGGUAAUGAAAUUUUAUGAAAUUUGUUCAGUUGUUUUAUAUGUAAAUACUUUUUUAUGUAAAUAAAAUGUUCAUCACAAAACUAA